UCACAAUUAGCUGUAAUAAGAGUAUUUUUUCUACAUUAUCUUCAUUUCAUUACAUGUGUUCUAGCAGUUAACAAGUGUUCUGGAUCCCCAGAGAUAAAAAAGCUCUUUGGUUGAGGUACAGAAGCUGAAUUAAGGUUUUAACCUGGAUUUAACUCGCUCUCAUAGACGUAGUGACUGAAGUUAGACUUCAGAAGUUUCAGAUAGACUGAACAGCAAUGUUAACAAAAUCAUUUGGAAAACAGUAGAAAAAAAAAAAAACGUGUUAUAGAGCUUGAGCAGGGCUGAUUUUUCACGUGUAUCCCAACACCACUUGAUCCUCAAGUUAUUCCAGUGACAGUCUGCAAAAAACUGAAUAAUUUUUUUUUUUUUUGUGUGUGUGUUUAUAUCUGAAGUCAAAGCUCUUCACACAGUCAGAGAGAAACAGAACAAACGGUCAGUCUUUCGUCACUGAUUUCACACAAGAUCCAUGAAUUUCAUUCCUUCGCUGGUCCAUCACCUGGUCCACACAGUACCAAAAAUCUGAAUAUUUACAAUAAAAUUAAGUUAUAAUCAUUUCUAACACAUUCAACUGCAGAUUCAACUGAAAGUCAGGGGUUCAUUACUCAGGGGUUUCUGUUUUUAAACUUUCUUUUAGUUAAAGAAACUUCAGGUUGUUUUUGUAGGAAGACAUUAUAGUGGGGAAUGAAGGGAAGCAAAGAAAGAGUUAAAAGAGGAAAAAAAAGUCUGCAGGAAGAUGUUUCAAUUCUAAAGUUAAGUGUGACUCCUACAGUACGUUUAAACAGGUUUUUGAAUCAUUAGAAUUUCAUUAGAAGACUUUAGAGGAGAUUAAUAGACCGUGACCAGUCAGUGGAGCAUGAGCUGGAGUCUGAUCUGCUGAAAUGAAGGAUGUAGUGACUGUAGCUUUAAGGAGCUAAACAGAGGAAAGAGCUUUUCUUAUAUGAAAUGUAUAAUUUAUGAUUAAAUUGUGAUUCUGCACACACCAGGAAAUACAAUUCAGACUUUACUGUUCUAAAAACCUGAUGUGAGCCAGUUUCACCCAGUUCACAGUUCCAUUUUUGUGGUGUUUCUUUAUGCAUUGCAUCGUUAUCAUUGGUCUGUUGGCAGAAGCAGAACCCAGCCACAGUUCCCUCUGUGUUUAAAACUCUCAAGCAGUAAAACUUUUUUUAUUUGUUUACAUUUUUUUUUUUUUGAAUGUUUAUUUUUUGUUGUAGUCUUAUAUUUUCAACCUGACAUUUUUUUUAGUUGUGUUUGAUUAUUUGAGGUAUAAUAAACUUUUCCAAUUACAGUUUUUUUGGAUUGCUUAAGCACGAUUUUCAAAACAGGGCCCAUGUUUUCAAAACACUACACACAAUUAGCACAAUAAUUCACAUUGUCUCAAAGCAGCUUUACAUAAGUAUAGAUAUCAAUUUUAAAGUUUAAAGUUAAAAAUAAAAUCAGAUUUGUUCAGCAGAGUGAAUCAGACCUGAGUUUAAAUCAGUGACAUGAUCAUAUCAGCAUUGAUCCUAAGCAUGUAAACAAUGUAACAUACACUGAGACAAACCAGACCUCAAUCUCACACACAUAAAGGACUCAGUUAUGUUUUAAAUGCUGUUAGAUUUACUGCUUUAUCGCUGACUUUUCAGGAUGCUUAAGAUGAGGAGUUUCUGUAAAAGUCACAAAAUUUCUGAGUUUUUAUAAUUUUUUUCAAUAUUAGUUAAGUUGUGAUGAAUUUUAACUCAGACGAGCAGACCAGCUCACAGCAGAUGGAGUUAAAGGGCUGAAUUAAUUGCAGAAUUUAAACACAGUUAAACCUAGAACCUUCUGGGGGGAAAAAAAAACACAUAACAGUACUACAUAAUCAGCUGAUGAAGACUGAAAUGUAAUCAAGUGGGACAGGAAAUUUACCUGCAGGUGCCAUAAGUGACAUAAGCAAUGGAACCAGUCACAUCUACAUUGUGACUGCACUGCUUCUCAGUGUUUUUUUACCUGUUCUCUCACCUGGACAUUCAAACUCCCAGCUUUACAGGACAUCAUCAGGCACAGAGCCUAAGGAAAGGACACCAAACCACCCCAGACUGCAGUCACCCAGCACUAAUGCCAUGUCAAAAAAGAGCUCCAACAAAAGUCAACUAGAACAGAUAUACAAGGAGGUGGAAGAAAAAAUGAUUACCAUACUAAAGAAUGAGCUAAAAAGACUGAGUUCAGGUCAUCCAGCAUGCCCGGAGAAUGAAGGUGAGGAUGAUUACGUUGUCAGAGAGAUGGUAGUGAAGUUCACAACACAUGUCCUGAAGCAGAUGAAUGAGGAAGAUCUUGCUAAAUCACUGCAGAAAGAACUACUCUUUAUAUAUCAAGAAAGGAAUAAAUCCAAAAUGAGAGACAAAUAUAAAGUAAUUUGUGAAACCACACAACAUGGAACCCCAGCACUUCUGAAUGAGAUAUACACAGAGAUCUACAUAACUGAAAGUUGGAGUGGAGAUGUCAGUAAUGAUCAUGAGGUGAGACAGAUUCAAACAGCAUCCAGGAGACCAGCAACACAGGAGAAACACAUAAAAUGCCAUGAUCUCUUCAGAGAAAUCAGAGACAAGUCCAUUAGAACUGUGCUGACUAAAGGAGUUGCUGGAAUUGGAAAAACAGUCUCUGUGCAGAAGUUCAUUCUGGACUGGGCUGAAGGAGAAGUAAAUCAGGACGUCACCUUCAUGUUUCCACUUCCCUUUAGAGAGCUGAAUCUGAUGAAGUUGAAAACUCUCAGUCUGAUGAAACUUCUUCAUCACUUUUUCCCAGAAAUAAGAAAACUAGAAUCAAUAGACUGUGACUCCUACAAAGUGGUGUUGAUCUUUGAUGGUCUGGAUGAGUGUCGACUUCCUCUAAAUUUCCAGAAGAAUGAGAUAUUGUGUGAUGUGACAGAGUCAGCCUCAGUGGAUGUGCUGCUGACGAACCUCAUCAAGGGGAAUCUGCUUCCCUCUGCUCUCCUCUGGAUAACCACAAGACCAGGAGCAGCCAAUCAGAUCCCUCCUGAGUGUAUAGACCAGGUAACAGAGGUACGAGGCUUCAGUGAUCCUCAGAAAGAGGAGUACUUCAGGAAGAGGAUCAGUGAUCAGAGCCUGGCCAAUAAAAUCAUCACACACCUGAAGUCUUCAAGAAGCCUCUACAUCAUGUGCCACAUCCCAGUCUUCUGCUGGAUCUCAACCACUGUUCUAGAGAGAAUGUUGGGUGAAGCAGAGGGUGGAGAGAUCCCCAAGACUCUGACUCAAAUGUUCACACACUUCCUGAUCUUUCAGAUCAAACACAAGGACCAAAGUUACCAUGAAAAAUGUGACCCUGAUCCUCAGCAGACCAGAGAGACCAUCAUGGCACUGGGAAAACUGGCUUUCCACCAGCUGGAGAAAGGAAACCUGAUUUUCUAUGAGGAAGACCUGAGAGAGUGUGGCAUUAACAUCAAAGAAGCAACAGAGUAUUCAGGAGUAUGUGCUCAGAUCUUCAGACAGGAGAUUGAGCUCCACCUAGGGAAGGUGUUCAGCUUUAUUCAUCUCAGUGUUCAGGAAUAUCUGGCUGCUUUAUAUGCAAUUCUCUCGUUCAUCAGCAGAAAUCCAACAAAACAACAAACCACUUAUCUAUCUGAUCUUUUCAAAAACUCAAACAUGUCUAGUUUCCUCAAAAGUGCAGUGGACAAGGCCGUAGAGAGUAAGACUGGACACCUAGACCUUUUCCUCCGCUUCCUUUUGGGUCUCUCACUGGAGUCCAAUCAGACUCUCUUACAAAGCCUACUGCCCCAGACAACAUGCAGCUCUCACAGCAAAGAUCUUACUGUCAGGUAUAUCAAGGAGAAGAUCCAGGAGAAUCCAUCUGUAGAAAAAUCUAUUAAUCUGUUCCACUGUCUGAGAGAACUGAAUGAUGAAGAUAUAGUGCAGGAGGUCCAAAAUACCCUGCAAUCUGGAAAUUACAGUUGUCUAAUUGGAAAAAACUUCAGUUCUAUAGAGUGGUCAGCAUUGGUGUUUGUGUUGCUGAGUUCAACAUCCGAGCAUGAUGAGUUUGAUUUGAGGACUUAUGACAAAUCAGAGGAAUGUCUUUUACGUCUGUUACCAGUGGUCAAAGAAUCCAGAAAAACUCUGCUACACAAUUGCAAUCUCUCAGAGGAAAGCUGCAGAGUUCUUGCCAGAGUUCUUAGCUCAAACACCUCCAGACUCAGACAACUGGACCUCAGUGAAAAUCAACUGUAUGAUGCAGGAGUGACUCUGCUCUCCGCUGGACUGCAAAAUAAAGAAUGUAAACUAGAGAUACUGUGGCUGGAGCAUUGUGGCAUUUCAGACGUUGGCUUUGUUGCUCUGGCUUCAGCCGUGAGGUCAAACCCAGAGUCAAACCUGCGUGAGUUAAAUCUGAACCGCAAUAAACCUGAAGACCGAGGAGUGAAGAUGCUGUUAGAUCUUCUGAAAGAUAAAAAUUAUAAAUUGAAGAUACUAUCCAUUGAGUCUGACCCCUAUGAGCUGGAAAGAAGUUUCAACUCAUAUCUUUCAAACAAGUCCUCUUGCCCUGACAUGGAUUUAGUUCUUUUUACCAAAUCACACAAACAUGAUUGACAUACACCAUAUUUACUUCCAGCACCAUUGACAAAACAGGACAAACCAAAUACCUAGAAGAAAUUCUUAAAUUCAUGUAAUAUUUCUCAGAUUCUAUUUUUCACUCAAAUAAUUGCAUACUAUUGAUAUUGAUAAUAUAAUCACUAAUGUUAACUGCUCUCAGACUUUUGGAGUCUGCUGGAUUUAAAGUGUGGACAAAUUUGGAUGGAUAGAAAAUACAGAUGUCCAAAAGACACUUAAUUUUAAAUACAUACAUGAACAACUGUCAGGAUCUAGCCCGGACAUUUUGCCAUGUGCUUUUUGUUUACGUUUUGUGUUCACGUGUCUGCCCAGCCUUUGUCUAUAUCCUUCCACCUCAGCACACAUGUUCAUCAUGUGUCUAAUUGUCUUCCCUAUUUAUCUGGAAUCCUCAUCUUUGUUUUACCAUAGUAUUGUCAUCGUGGUCUGUCUUGGUUUUUGAGUUUCGGUUUUCCUUUUCCACAGUGUUUCCCGUCCUUUGUUUGUGUUAUGUUACGUUUAAUAAAUCGUGUUUUAGCUAUCCUCA